AUGGAGGACUACUCUACUCGAUUCCAGCGUCGCGCGGCCCGGUCUGUUAGGAUUGCCAAUUGUUCUGGUGCGCGUGGUGACCCAGGCUAUCAAAUGCGCCGCCAGGUCGAGCUUGGAGACGUUGACUUCAUCACUGGAGAUUAUCUUGCUGAAAUGAACAUUGCAGAGAAUGCAGAGGCGUACCGAAGCGGCAAACAUCCUGGGUACGAACCCUUUGCUCUUGAGGGAAUCAAGGGAAGCCUACAUUGUGUUGCGCAGAAAAACGUCAAGAUUAUAAUCAAUGGCGGAUCACUCAACCCUAAGGGGCUUGCUGAAGAGUGUGUGAAGCUGGUGAGACUGGGGCUCAAAGUAGCGUAUGUCGCAGGCGAUGACCUCUAUGAGCCAGUCAAGGAAGAAAUUGAAACCAAAGUCACGGCACCUGCUCACCUAGACUCCGAAAAUCCAAACGUAAAUUUGGUGCCUUUGGCACAGACAUUCCUUGACGAUGUAUCGCAAAAAUACAUAGUGUCAGCCAAUGCAUAUCUAGGAGCUAGAGCCAUAGUGAAAGGUUUAGAGCAUGGGGCAGAUAUUGUGAUCUGUGGCCGAGUUUCUGACGCAUCACUUGUUGUUGGUGCUGCAUGGUAUUGGCAUUCGUGGAGCGACACCGACUAUGACCGACUGGCACAGUGUUUGAUUGCUGGUCACUUGAUCGAGUGCUCUGCGUAUGUCACUGGCGCCAAUUACGCUGCAUUCUAUGAGGAAAAGAUGGAGAGCUUGAUUGAUUUGGGAUUUCCCAUCGUGGAGGUUGCCAUUGACGGAACACUUAUAGUUUGCAAACAUGAGAAAACUAACGGUUUGGUCACGGUAGAUACAGUUAAGUGUCAAUUUCUUUACGAACUGCAGGGAAAUAUCUACCUCAACAGUGACGUUGCUGCAAUUCUCGGCGAGGUGAAGAUUGAACAAGCGGGAAACAACAGGGUCAAAGUUACCGGCAUUCGUGGCCAGCCCCCUCCACCUACAACCAAACUGGCCAUCUUUUAUCGAGGUGGGUACCAGUCGCAGGUUUUGGUGAACGCAUGCGGCUUUGCCACAGAGCAAAAAUGGCAGCUGUAUGAGGCACAGAUUCGGUUCGGGCUGGAGAAAAGAGGCCUUCUGAAAGCUUUCGAAGUCCUUGAGUUUCAGAUUAUUGGGAUCAGAGAGCCUGAUCCAUCGACUCAGUUGAGUAGCACGACUUAUUGCCGUCUGUUUGCGCAAGCUGAGUCGCAAGACACCAUAAUUGGGUUGCUCAAGACGGUCGGAGAGUUCGGCAUGCAGCAUUUUUCAGUAGGCUUUCACCUCUCGUUGGAUCUAAGGACGGCACUACCGCUACCUUAUGUCGCCUUCUACCCGGCAAUAUUUCCUCAAGAUCAUCUGGAUGAGUCGAUCGUGUUCCUCUCGGCAGAUGGUCAGAUUGAGUGCUCGACAAAUGCCGGCCAUCCACCGCGGUACGAGACAGUCCUACCUCGGGAGAACUACGAGUCUACUUCGCCAGUAGAAUUGCGCAUGUUCGGACCAACCAAAAAGGCACGCCUGGGGGAUAUUGCUCUUGCACGCUCAGGUGAUAAGGGAUCUAAUAUCAAUAUCGGUCUGUUUGUACGAGAAGAGGGAGCUUGGCCAUGGUUUCGGAGCUUUCUUACUACUGGUCGGAUGAAGCAGCUCAUGGCAAAAGAUUGGAGCGACGAGUUCUUCAUCGAAAGAGUCGAAUUUCCGCAUAUUUGGGCUGUGCACUUCGUGAUUUAUGGAUGUCUGGGACGAGGAGUAAGCAGUUCAAGUCGUUUGGAUUCGCUGGGGAAGGGAUUUGCAGAUUUUAUUCGUGAUCGUGUCGUUGAUGUUCCGCAGGUGUUGAUGCAUAAUUGCAGGUCUGGGCCAUAA